UUGAACAAUGUUGAACAAGUUGAUCCAUCCAACAAUAGUCCAUGUAAUUCUUUGAACAAUAAAAACAUAUAUUCUUUUGUUUUGGUUUAUUACUCAUUAUUGUUAUUGAAUAUAUAAGCUAUGGUGUUAAUUGACAGGUGCCAAAUUAGUUGAUAAUAAUAAAAAUGUUAUUGUUAAUAAAAUAAAACAAGUGUGUUUAUUAAACACAAAAAGUGUGUGACAGUAGUCAAUUAGCAUAGUGGUUGUUGGCGUUGUGUAGCUCUCUCAAAAAUUUUUUCAUUCAUUCAUAUUUUUUAAAAUCCAUAUGACGUUUGUGAAAGCUAUUUAAUAACCAAUGAUAAACACUCAAUUUUAUUAUUAUUAUUAAAUAAUUAUUGAUUGUUUUUUUAAAUAAUUUGGGAAAUUAUAAAAAAUGUAUUCAACAAAACAAUUGGUACAUGAGAUGGAGGUGGUUGAAACACCUUCAGAUUGUUGAUAUGAUUGAAAGUGUAUCACGUCGAGCGCUGAGUGGCUCCAGUGGGAGCUACCACGUUCGAGGAGCCGAGCUGGCGCGAGAUAGAAGAAUUAAAACACUUGCAGCAACUGUUGUCUUCCUCGAUGAUACUCAACAUACAUUUCAGCUUGAUAAACGAGCUAAAGGACAAGUGUUGCUGGAUUUAGUUUUUCAACAUUUAGAACUUAUUGAAAAGGAUUAUUUUGGUCUUCAGUAUGCUGAAAGCAAUAGUGGUAGUCCUUCAACAUCUUCAAACAUUGACAUUAUGCGAUGGCUAGAUCCAGCGAAAACAGUCAAAAAGCAAAUACGAAGUAAGGGUGGACAAUUUUUCUUUCGUGUUAAAUUUUAUGUUUCUGAUCCCAGUAAACUUCAAGAAGAAUAUACAAGAUAUCAAUUUUAUUUACAAAUAAGAAGAGAUAUUUUACAGGAUAGACUUCAACUUCCAAUGAAUCUUGCUUGUAUUAUUGCAAGUUAUACUGUUCAAUCUGAAUUGGGUGAUUAUCAUUCUGAUGAACAUGGUCCAGGCUAUUUAUCAAAACUUCAACUUUUACCUGGACAAACUGAAGAAAUGGAAAAAAAAAUAUGUGAAUUACACAAAUUACACAAAGGACAACUACCAGCAGAUGCUGAAUAUAAUUUUUUAGAUCAUGUAAAACGUCAUGAAAUGUAUGGAGUGGAAUUGCACAAGGCAAGGGAUGUUACUAAUAGAGAAAUUCAACUUGGUGUUACAUCAAAUGGCCUCGUUGUAUUUUUUAAUAACAAAAGAAUAAAUGUAUUUUCUUGGUCGAAAAUUGUUAAAAUAUCAUUUAAAAGAAAACAAUUUUUCAUUCAAUUACGGAGAGAAGAGCAGCUUGAAGUUACUGAAGCUAUGGUAGGCUUCAAUAUGCAAACAUAUCGUAGUUCAAAAAAUUUAUGGAAAGCAUGCGUUGAGCAUCAUACAUUUUUCCGUCUUCACAGUCCAAAAUUACGUCCACGACGUUUUCCAUUAACACUCAGUAGUCGUUUCACGUAUUCUGGACGUACAGAAUUUCAAACAGUUGAAGAUGGUAAACAUCGUGCACGUGUUGAAAGAACAUUUAUACGUUCACCAAGUAAAAAAUUAAUUCAUGGUGUUAAUCAAUUACCUGUACCAGAAGAAAAAGGUAAAAUUGCAUUAGCACCAGCUCGUCCACCACGACCAUAUGAUAAUAAAGUACAAUCAUUGGGAUCUAGAGAACCACGACCAGCUUGGGGUGAAGGAAAUCCAAGUGACGAAGAUGAAAUAAAUCGUCCACAUUCACAAGGAGGUGGAGCAUUUUCACCAGUAUUAGGAUCACGUAUAAUAAGUUACGUUGAUGAUGAUUCAGUUAUCGAGCGUAAUAUUUAUGAUCUUCCUGAUUACAGUGAACCAACAAGUUCUCCAGCUCCACAGAUAGUUGAGGAUGGUUUAGUAACAAUUCGUUUAACACCAGAUGAACAAGGUCGUUUUGGUUUUAAUGUGAAAGGUGGACUGGACCUUGAUAUGCCAAUUUUGGUAUCACGUGUAGCACCAAAUACACCAGCUGAUCGUUGUUAUCCAAAGUUAAAUGAAGGCGAUCAAGUUGUAUACAUAAAUGGUAUUGAUGUCAGUGGAAUGUUACAUGAACAUGUUGUUAAUUUAAUACGACAAUCACGUGAUACAGGAAAUGGUGAAUUAUGUUUAACAGUACGUCCAAAUGCAUUAUACAAUGCAUUAACUGGUAAUGAUGAAAUAUCUGAAGAAGAACCACCAUAUCGUUAUGUUCCUGAUGCACCACAUGCUGCUGUUGGUUCAGAUGCACUUGCACAAUCAAUGUUAUUACUUGCUGAUGGUCUUGCAAGUGGUGCAUUAAUUGCACAAUAUGAACAAUUAUAUAGAAAAAAUCCUGAAUUAGCAUCAUUAGAAUCUAAAAAGGCAGAAAACCAAAAUAAAAAUAGAUAUCGUGAUAUAUCACCAUAUGAUGUAACACGUGUUAUAUUAAUGGGUUGUAUUAAUAGUGAUUAUAUUAAUGCAAAUUAUGUUAAUAUGGAAAUACCUGGUUCUGGUAUUAUAAAUCGUUAUAUUGCAACACAAGGACCAUUAUCAUCAACUGUUGCUGAUUUUUGGCAAAUGAUACUUGAAGCUGGUUCAACACUUGUUGUUAUGUUAACAACACUUGUUGAACGUGGUAGAACAAAAUGUCAUCAAUAUUGGCCAAAUAUUAAUGAAACAUUAACAUUUAGAAAUUUAACAUUAAUAUCAACAUCAGAAAAAACAGAUGAUUAUUUUGUAUUUCGUGAAUUUAUAUUAAGAGAUAUUAAUACAGGUGAAGAAAGAGAUAUAACACAUAUGCAAUAUUGUGGAUGGCCUGAUCAUGGUGUACCAAGUGAUUGGCGACAAUUUACUAAAUUUACUGAAACAGUUAGAUCAGCUAGAACUGGAAUGGUUGAACCAGCAGUUGUACAUUGUUCAGCUGGUAUUGGAAGAACUGGUGUACUUGUUCUUAUGGAAACAGCAUUGUGUUUAAUUGAAGCUAAUCAACCAGUUUAUCCACUUGAUAUUGUUAGAUCUAUGAGAGAUCAAAGAGCAAUGAUGAUACAAAAUGCUAGUCAGUACAAGUUUGUCUGUGAAGCAGUCCAUAAAGCCUACACUGAAGGCAUUGCCAAACCCCUCUUGGAGUUUAGUAGAUAAAAAAAAAAAAAAAACAAUAAACAUUUAAUAAUUAAAUCACAAAAUUUUAAAUACAAAUAAAUUCAUAAAAUUCUGUCCAAUUUAUUAUUAGGUAAAUUAAUUAGAUUUCAAAACGGACAAUAAUGUUUAAUAUUUAAUUAUUAUGUCGUCCUCGAAGUGUGUGAUAGAAGCCCUGAUCAUUCGAGGCUGUAUUUUAAAAUAAUAUCUCGUAUUUUUUUUUAGUUAUUUUGGACUUUCUUUUUUUUUUUUUUUUUUUUUGUGUGUCUAAAUAAACAUUAUCAAAUUUUCACGAAUAAAAUAAAACCUUGAAUUAUUUGACAUUUAACAAUUUAAAUAAAAGAUUUUUUUUUUUUUUUUCUAUAAGAAUUAUUAAUAUAUUUAAUCAUCUUGAAAUUAUUUAUUAAAAUUAACUAAAAAAUAAUUUUAAAUACGUAUAUAAAAAAUUAAAUUAUUAAUCUAUUUAGUAUUUUUUACAAAUUAAAAUAUCAACUUAUUUGAUAGUUAAAAAUUCUGAUUGCCAA